AUGGGAGUUCCACUGCUUCUUACCUGGCUCAAACGGCGUUUCUCCUCAUGUUUUUUACCCAGUAACUGCAAUCUAGAAACAGACUGUCUAUAUAUAGAUGUGAAUGGAUUGGUAUAUCAGUCCGCUGCCCUUGUGGCUGCUAAUGAGGCGGCAGGAGUAGAUAUGGAUGCGGCUAUUUUGCGUAAACUCUUCGAUCUCCUUGAUGACAUUGUGUUGCGACUCGUACGUCCACGAUCUCUGGUUUAUUUAGCCGUGGAUGGCAUUUCUCCUAUGGGGAAAUUAGCACAGCAACGAUCCAGGCGUCGUCGUCGUCGUACUAAUAAUAAUAAUAACAAUUAUAAUAAUAAUAAUUAUUAUAACAAUAAUAAUAACGGUGGUGGUAGAUCUGUGGAGUGGGAUAGUAAUAGUAUCAGUGUUGGGACACCGUUUAUGUCUCGCUUAACAGAUGCACUUCACUUUUACUGUGCCAGUCGUGCAGAGCGGAUUAAUAGUGAGCGAAUGCGUGAAUAUCAGCGAAAUACGACAGAAAAAAGUGAUACCUCAACAGAUGAGACUUCUGUAUCGCCUAUUUCUUUUCUCGUAGAUGAUGUCUGGAGACCUGGUGAGGGAGAAAAUAAAAUUGCGGAUGCCAUUCGUCGAUUUCGCUCUCAACCAAAUUAUAAUCCAAAUACUUCUCAUGUUAUUUGUAGUUCCGAUACAGAUGUGACUGUAUGUUCUUUGAUUCUUCAUGAACCACGUAUACACGUUCUACGUUAUGAAUAUCCUGUAAAUAAUGAUAAAAAAUCUGAUUCUGGAAAUAGUUGGAAAAAUCAAACAGGUGAUGCUUGGUCUUGUACUUUUUUCAGUAUUCACUUUUUCCGUGAAGAGUUACGCAGAAGACUUCGAUUACAGUACAGUACUGAUACAAGCUCUACCACUGAAAUAGAGAAGAAAAGCCGACAAUUUGAAAGAGCCCUUCAUGAUGUUGUAUUUGUACUUCUUUUAUUUGGAAAUGAUUUCCUUCCUUCACUUGGUUGUCGUAUAGAAGGAGGAUUUCUUGAUGGUUUAUUAGAACUUCUUGCCACUGAUUUUAUUUCUCGUGAUCGUUCCAUCAUUGAUCCAUUAACCAAUACCAUUCAGUUUGAUGCCGCACGGUAUGCAUUAGAUUCUCUUGCUGAGAUGCGGGAUGAACGGCAUGGGGGUGAUGGGACUCUUUCUAUUAACAACGGCACUGAAGGAGGCACCGGCUGGGGAUUUGAAGAUGCGGAAUUUCAACAACGCAAGCAGGCGGAAGAGAAGGAACAGGCCCCUCGCUGUUAUGCCUAUUGGACAAUGCUCCAAUGGUCCCUGCAGAACAGUGCGGGUGUGGUGGAGCAUUGGGGUUGUUACUAUCCAUAUAGUACUGCCCCACCACUGCAUCUACUUCGCAAAUACUGUGGGGUCCUAUCGUAUGAUGCGUUAAUGCAAUUGGCAGAGAAACGCAGUCGUGCGGAUAAAUCUGGGAGUGAAGUAUCUUUAACAACAGAGUCCACAUCUGCCAUGCGAGGAAGUGCUGGACCAACAGAUGUACUUGUGCAACUACUUGUAUUACUCCCAGCACGAAGUGUUUCACUGUUUCCAUCGGCAAUACGUAAUGCGUAUGCUGAAAUUGAACACUUAGUACUUGCCCCAGUGGAACGUCUGGACUUUGCUGCUAUUGAAGCCUGGUGUGAAAAGAAACGACAAUUGUUUACAGAAGAGGAAAGAACAAGAUUUCGUUCCUAUGCAUUAUGUGCUGGAUCCACUGUACUGGCAGGAGAGAAAGAAGGUGAACCUAUUAGAGGGAAUGAAAUGAUAUUUCUUGCAGAUUGGAAUGCAGAGGAAUUUGCAGAGGAACUUAAACGUAUGAAAACGGCAAAACAAAUAGAAACAACAACCAAUCCUGUAAACCGUGGUCUGACAUCCAUGACAAAUAGUUCUUUGGGUUCCUUUACAUCCUCUUUUUUCAGUUCACGACCAACACGCAAGACUUCAGCAGCAGCAGCAGCUCUGAUUACCACCACUUCAAAUGAAAGCAGUGAUCUGAAUAAUUGCAACAACAAUACUACUACUACUACUAAUACUGAUACAGUUCACAAAGGGAGCGAAAAUACUGCAGAACAAGCUGUAUUCAACAAGCAAGAAGUAGAGUAUGAAUCUUCCAAUAAAAUUGAAUUGGUUCAAAGGAGUUCUUUUACUGUUUUUGCCGUAUCUACUAAUGUGUUAGUUGAUACUUCUAUGAUUAAAGGUGUUGGUUAUAUUACGGGUGAUACCUUUGUGUGUGGACAAUUCACCAACCCUCAUUUAUCACGUCAUUCACAGACAAUGCUCCCUCGCCUGCAAUGGCGUAUUGCCUCAAAACCGCUUCUGACUCAAUCAAAGUUUGUACCAGAUCUUCUCUCAGGGUAUAAUGCCCCACCGCUCCCUUCUUUAUCUAAAAAUAAUGAGAAACCUGGAAUGAAACGUGAUGCGUCUAUACUUGAUAGAACAGAUAAUAGUGAUAGUGAUGACAGUAGUAGCAAAAGCAAUGAGGAUAAGAAGAAGUCUCUCUCUGAUCAUGUUUUGACUGAGAUUGAGAAGAAGAAGGAAGCUGUCUGGCGUCGUCUAGAAGCCUUGCAGUCACGUUCAGAAGGAACAGGUAAUUAG